CUUUGAGUCAAGUGGAAGGGGAUGUUGCCGUUGCUAGUUGCUGCGGUCGCGGUGGCCUCGGGGGCUACCCUGGCGCCGUCGACACGUGCCCGCAUUGUCGCUCGUGACGAGAUGCUUGGGGCCGCAUGUGUAUCCCAAUCGGACUGUGGGUAUCUGCCUGGCCUCGCUUGCGUUCGAUCGACGUGUACCCCAUGUGCACAAGACGCAGACUGUGGCACAUCCCCGACGGACCAGUCGAAGCGUUGCGUGGUCGACUGGGCUACAACGACCAUUGCGGUCGAUGGGAGAUCCUUCCGCCCCAACUCGGUGUGCAUGGAGAAGAACUUGUUCGAUCCGUUCACGGCCCACGACGCUCUCGCGUCACUGCUUGCAUUCUUGUGCACGGCUCUCGGGUCGGCCGCAGGGACUGGCGGCGGCGGUCUCCUCGUCCCCAUGUUCAUUUUGGCAUUUGGGCUUGGGCCCAAGCAUGCAGUGCCCAUGUCCAAGGCCACGAUCUUUGGCGGCGCCGUUGCCACGCUCUCGGUCAACUUGUUCAAGAAACAUCCAUACCGCAGCCACCGCCCGCUUAUCGACUACACGCUGUCGGCCAUGAUGGAACCUCCGACGCUGAUCGGCACGAUUUUCGGCGUCAUGGGCAAUACAACGUUUCCGUCGUGGCUCAUCCUGCUGCUCCUACUCGUGCUGCUCUCGUUCAUGGCGGUGCGCACCCUACAAAAAGUGCAAAAGAUCGACGAGCAGGAGGCCAAGAGUCAGGGAGAAAUCGUUGGGUUGCUUCCUGCGUCCGUGCAAGAUCCCGCGGGCAUUGCGAAACUCGCGCGCAUCCAACGCUUGGACUUUGAAGAUUUUGAAACUCUCCCGCCAGUCGUCGUGCCAGCCGACAUGGACAAAGCAGCGUACUAUCGACAGAUUCAAGCACACCUGGAACUCGAGGAAAGCCGGGUAUUUCCGUGGUCGUAUGUCCUGCCCCUCGUUGUGUGCUGGCUCAUCAUCUUCGUGCAAUCGUUGUUUCGCGGCGGCCACGGGACCCCCAGCAUCGUCGGAGUUCGUUGCGGGUCGACCUCGUACUGGCUCUGGACGAUUGUACCGCUGCUUGGACUCGCCUGCAUCACUUGGUGGAUGGGCCGACGAUUGCGCGUUCGCAACCAACUUCGCGUGCUCACGGGUGCCGACUUUGCUGUUGGCGACGUGCAUUGGACCAAAAAGACGGCGCAUGUGGUCUUCCCAAUGUCCUGCGUUGUCGCGGGGGUGGCGUCCGGCUUGCUUGGCAUUGGAGGCGGGAUGGUCCAGAACCCAGUCAUGCUCGAAUACGGGCUCCUCCCGGCCAUUUCGUCCGCGUCCGCUUCGUUCAUGAUUCUGUUCACGUCGUCCGCAACGACUCUCCAGUUUGCUGUGGCGGGCCAGUUCCCUGGCCAACUGCAGUAUGAUUACAUCGCGUGGUACGCACUCAUGGGGUUCCUGGGGGCAUACUUUGGGCAGAAUUGCGUCGGCAUCGUCGUGAAAAAGUACAAGCGCAGCUCGAUUCUCGUGUACGUCCUUGCGUUCACGAUCGCGGCGUCGGCGAUCGCGAUGGGAAUAUCGGGGUACGAAUUGGUCAUCCACGAUUUUUCCAAGGGCGUCCACUUGGGCUUCACGGGGGUGUGCGGUCCUUAGCCUUGACCUACCGUCCACAUUUGUCUUUGUCGACGCUCACGUGGCUGGAUGCUGCACGGGCCCGCCCACGUCGGUUAAACGACUUGAAACACAGAUUUGUGUCGAUCA